AUGGAAGCUGUAGCUGUGCCGAUAGGAAAGACCAAGCCAAAGACAGUAGCUCCGGCAGUAGCAGUAGCUCCGACAGUAGCAGUAGCUGCGACGGUUGCCGUAGCUGCGACGGUAGCCGUAGCUGCGAUGGUAGACGUAGCUGCGAUGGUAGACGUAGCUGCGAUGGUAGCCGUAGCUGCGAUGGUAGACGUAGCUGCGUCAAUAACAGUAGCUGCGACAGUCGCAGUAUCAGAGACGGCGGAAACUACACAGAUGGCGAUCGUGUCGUCAAGUAUUAUUUGGUAA